UACCAAACACCCCCGUAGACUUUGGCACUAUACAUGCCAGAAAAGGGUCCUAGUGAUAGCGUACUUUGCAGCAUAAAGGAGCAAUCAACAACUGUGAGAUUGAAUCUAAAGAAAAGAAAGGAAAAAAAAGUAGUACCUUCUUACUCUUUUUGAAGUUUUAUUUUCUUUACAUUCUCACAUUUCCAACUAUGGAAAACAUGGAGUUGGAAUCUAAUGAUGGAACAAAAUCUGUACACAGAAAUUUUGGUAUGCCAGUUGACUCUGAACAUAAAGCCACUGAAUUCAGAGUGUACUCUAUUUCAGCUCCUCACAUGAGAGCAUUUCAUCUUUCUUGGAUUUCCUUCUUUUCUUGUUUCGUUUCCACAUUUGCUGCUCCACCCCUCCUCCCUAUAAUACGCGACAAUCUUGAUCUUACAGCUACUGACAUUGGAAAUGCAGGGAUUGCAGCAGUUUCGGGUGCAGUUUUCGCGAGAAUCGCAAUGGGAACAGCUUGUGACUUGUUUGGUCCAAGACUUGCUUCAUCUGCACUUAUUCUUUUAACUGCACCAGCUGUUUUCUUAACUGCAAUCGCCAACUCAGCGAUUUCAUUCCUUUUAGUUCGUUUCUUCACGGGGUUUUCGUUAGCCACUUUUGUUUCAACUCAAUUCUGGAUGAGCUCGAUGUUCUCUGCUAAGGUCGUUGGCACGGCUAAUGGUGUUGCUGGAGGCUGGGGAAAUCUUGGUGGUGGUGCUACACAGCUAAUUAUGCCUUUGGUUUUUUCGCUAAUACAUAGAAUUGGUGCUACGCAGUUUACUGCUUGGAGAAUUGCGUUUUUUAUACCUGCCCUGUUUCAGGCUUUAUCAGCUUAUGCUGUUUUCUUUUUAGGCCAAGAUAUGCCUGAUGGGAAUUACGCAAAACUACAUAAAUCUGGCGAAAAGCAUAAAGAUAAUAUGUCAGAUGUUUUAUAUCAUGCGGUUACGAAUUAUAGAGCGUGGAUCUUGGCAUUGACUUAUGGCUAUUGUUUUGGUGUUGAACUUACUGUAGACAACAUAAUUGCACAGUAUUUUUUUGACAGGUUCCAUGUGAAUCUUCACACUGCUGGGAUUAUUGCAGCUAGUUUUGGUUUAGCAAACUUAUUUUCCAGGCCUGGAGGAGGGAUGUUGUCUGAUAUCAUGGCGAAAAGGUUUGGUAUGAGGGGAAGGCUUUGGACACUAUGGAUUGUGCAGACUUUAGGAGGCUUGUUAUGUGUUCUUUUAGGGAAAGUAGAAUCUUUAAGCGGUUCUAUUGUUGUGAUGCUUGUGUUUUCUGUGUUUUGCCAAGCUGCCUGUGGACUUACUUUCGGGGUCGUUCCAUUUGUUUCAAGAAGAUCAUUGGGCAUAAUUUCGGGGAUGACAGGAGGAGGUGGAAACUUUGGAGCAGUACUGACUCAAGUAAUUUUCUUUAGAGGAACAAGAUAUUCGACAGAAACAGGGAUUACAUACAUGGGUAUCGUGAUUAUAUGUUGCACCCUCCCCAUUUUGUUUAUAUACUUCCCACAAUGGGGUGGAAUGUUUUAUGGCCCCUCAUCUAAAGGCUCGACAGAGGAAGAUUACUACAUGAAAGAGUGGAGUUUAAAUGAAAAAGAGAAUGGCUUUCACCAGGCAAGCAUGAAAUUUGCUGGUAACAGUAGAAGUGAAAGAGGUAAAAAAGUGGAAUCUGCACCAACACCUAUAGAUGGACCUCUAAAUAUAGUUGUUUGAUUUGAAGCAUGUUGUCACUCUAGUAUUGUAUUUUGUCACUCUUGUAUUAUAUUUAUUGUUCUUAAUUGCGCAAAUUUCUGUUUAAGCUUAGUUCCCCUAUGUAAAGAACUAUAGCUCCAUGUGUUGUUUUCUAUUACUUCAAGAGUUUGCAUAAAGUAA